AUGAAAGACCCUGGUCUGUUGGUUCCUGGCUGGGCACUCUUGGCCCGCGUAGCUGCUCCCCCGAUGCUCACGCGCGACGAGCCUACGCUGGAGACGUUAUCUCGCACCGGCUCGCACAACGGCUCAGAUGCUGGUUCUGACCUCCAUCCAGAACCUCAUCCAGAUUCUCUUUUAGAUGUUCAUCCCGAUGUUCAUCCUGAUAUUCAUCCAGACGUUCGUUCAGAGUCUCGUUCGGAGCCCCAUUCAGCAGAUACUAUUCCAGAUCUCCCCUCAGAUCUUUAUUCAGACCUCCAUUCAGAACUUUAUCCAGAUGAUCUUUUAGAUGUUCAUCCUGAUUCUCGCCCUGAGUCUCGUUCGGAGCCUCAUUCAGACUUUCUUUUAGAUCUCCGUUCAGAUCUUCAUGCAGGCCCUCGUUCGGAUCUCCGUUCAGAUUCUCUCUCAGAUAUUCACCCAGAUUCUCUUUUAGAGUUUCAUCUAGACACUCGCUCAGAACCUCAGCCGGUACGGCUCACGGGCGGGAUAUGUUCUCCGGAGGGUCAAUGGAAUUGCAUGACAACUUCAUGGCAGCGAUGUGCAAGCGGCAUGUGGAGCGCUGUGAUUCCAUGUGCGGCGGGGACGAUCUGCCAGCCGUCCGGACUUACGGAUUUCAUUACCAUUGAGCACGAUCCAAGUAUCAUCACCGGUCAUGGAGAUAAUGGCCAUGCAAGCGAUGGCAAGGCCGAUAGCGGUCGUGAUAAGAGCGGGAAGAAGAGCCUUGGCCUCAGAAACUCACCCGGCCUAGUCUUACUCGUUGGGGCUGUUGUGACGGGGUUUUCUUGGGGUUUUCUUGUGUGA